AUGAGGGGCUCCGAGCCCCGGGGUGCGGGACGCCUGCGGACCCCAGGUAGCAGCGUGGACACUGCCCGCGCCCAGGUGUCUCUGGCCGGCUGCUACUCCGCACCUCGCCGGGCCCCCCUGUGGACUUGCCUUCUUCUGUGCGCCGCACUCCGGACCCUUUUGGCCAGCCCCAGCAACGAAGUGAAUUUACUGGAUUCACGCACUGUCAUGGGGGACCUGGGAUGGAUUGCUUUCCCAAAAAAUGGGUGGGAAGAAAUUGGUGAAGUUGAUGAGAACUAUGCCCCUAUUCACACAUACCAAGUAUGCAAGGUGAUGGAACAGAAUCAGAAUAACUGGCUUUUGACAAGUUGGAUCUCCAACGAAGGUGCUUCCAGAAUCUUCAUAGAACUCAAAUUUACUCUGCGAGACUGCAACAGUCUUCCUGGAGGAUUGGGGACCUGCAAGGAAACAUUUAACAUGUAUUACUUUGAGUCAGAUGAUGAGAAUGGGAGAAACAUGAAGGAAAACCAAUAUAUCAAAAUUGAUACCAUUGCUGCGGAUGAAAGCUUUACAGAACUUGAUCUUGGUGACCGAGUCAUGAAACUGAACACAGAGGUCAGAGAUGUGGGGCCUCUGAGCAAAAAGGGAUUUUAUCUAGCUUUCCAAGAUGUCGGUGCUUGCAUUGCUCUGGUUUCUGUGCGUGUAUACUAUAAGAAAUGCCCAUCCGUGGUACGACAUUUGGCCGUCUUCCCUGACACCAUCACCGGAGCAGAUUCUUCACAGUUGCUUGAGGUUUCAGGCUCCUGUGUCAAUCAUUCGGUGACAGAUGAUCCUCCCAAAAUGCACUGCAGCGCAGAAGGGGAGUGGCUGGUGCCCAUUGGAAAAUGCAUGUGCAAGGCGGGAUAUGAAGAGAAAAAUGGUACCUGUCAAGUGUGCAGACCUGGGUUCUUCAAAGCCUCACCUCACAGCCAGAGCUGCAGCCAAUGUCCACCUCACAGUUACACCCAUGAGGAAGCUUCAACCUCUUGUGUCUGUGAAAAGGAUUAUUUCAGGAGGGAGUCUGACCCGCCCACAAUGGCAUGCACAAGACCCCCCUCAGCUCCUCGGAAUGCCAUCUCAAAUGUUAAUGAAACUAGUGUCUUUCUGGAAUGGAUUCCGCCUGCUGACACUGGUGGAAGGAAAGAUGUGUCAUAUUAUAUUGCAUGCAAGAAGUGCAACUCCCAUGCAGGUGUAUGUGAGGAGUGUGGCGAUCAUGUCAGGUACCUCCCCCGGCAAAUCGGCCUGAAAAACACCUCUGUCAUGAUGGUGGAUCUGCUCGCUCACACAAACUAUACGUUUGAGAUUGAGGCAGUGAAUGGAGUGUCCGACUUGAGCCCUGGCACCCGGCAGUAUGUGUCUGUAAAUGUAACCACAAACCAAGCAGCUCCUUCUCCAGUCACCAAUGUGAAAAAAGGAAAGAUUACAAAAAACAGCAUCUCUUUGUCUUGGCAAGAGCCAGAUCGUCCCAAUGGAAUCAUCCUGGAAUAUGAAAUAAAGUAUUUUGAAAAGGACCAAGAAACGAGCUACACAAUUAUCAAAUCCAAAGAGACAACUAUUACGGCCGAGGGCUUGAAACCAGGUUCAGUGUAUGUCUUCCAAAUUCGAGCACGUACAGCAGCAGGCUAUGGUGUCUUCAGUCGACGAUUUGAGUUUGAAACCAUCCCAGUGUUUGCAGCAUCGAGUGAUCAAGGCCAGAUUCCAAUCAUUGCUGUGUCUGUGACAGUGGGAGUCAUUCUUCUGGCAGUGGUUAUUGGUUUCCUCCUUAGUGGAAGGCGGUGUGGCUACAGCAAAGCUAAGCAAGACCCAGAAGAGGAGAAGAUGCAUUUUCAUAAUGGGCACAUUAAACUGCCUGGCGUGAGGACCUACAUUGACCCACACACCUAUGAAGAUCCCAGUCAAGCUGUCCAUGAGUUUGCCAAAGAGAUAGAAGCCUCGUGCAUCACUAUUGAAAGAGUUAUUGGAGCAGGUGAAUUUGGUGAAGUUUGUAGUGGACGUCUGAAAUUACCAGGAAAAAGAGAAUUACCUGUGGCGAUUAAAACCCUAAAAGUAGGCUAUACUGAAAAGCAACGCAGAGAUUUCCUAGGUGAAGCAAGUAUCAUGGGUCAGUUUGAUCAUCCUAACAUCAUCCAUCUCGAAGGUGUUGUAACCAAAAGUAAACCAGUGAUGAUAGUGACAGAGUAUAUGGAAAAUGGCUCUUUAGACACAUUUUUAAAGAAAAACGAUGGCCAGUUCACAGUGAUUCAGCUCGUUGGCAUGCUGAGAGGCAUAGCUGCGGGAAUGAAGUACCUUUCUGACAUGGGCUACGUGCAUAGAGACCUUGCUGCGAGAAACAUCUUAAUCAACAGUAACCUUGUGUGCAAGGUGUCUGACUUCGGGCUUUCCAGAGUACUGGAAGACGAUCCUGAGGCAGCCUACACCACAAGGGGAGGCAAAAUCCCAAUCAGAUGGACUGCCCCUGAAGCAAUAGCUUUCCGCAAGUUCACCUCUGCCAGUGAUGUCUGGAGCUACGGAAUUGUAAUGUGGGAAGUUGUGUCUUAUGGAGAGAGACCCUACUGGGAAAUGACCAAUCAAGAUGUGAUUAAGGCAGUUGAAGAAGGCUACCGUCUGCCAAGCCCCAUGGAUUGCCCUGCUGCUCUCUAUCAAUUAAUGCUGGAUUGCUGGCAGAAAGAACGGAAUAGCAGGCCCAAGUUUGAUGAUAUAGUUAACAUGUUGGACAAGCUGAUCCGCAACCCAAGUAGUUUGAAGACGCUGGUCAAUGCAUCAAGCAGAGUAUCUAAUUUGUUGGCAGAGCAUGGUUCUCUAGGCUCUGGAGCCUACAGGUCAGUAGGUGAAUGGCUAGAAGCAAUCAAGAUGGGCCGGUACACAGAGAUUUUCAUGGAAAAUGGAUACAGUUCAAUGGACGCUGUGGCUCAGGUGACCUUGGAGGAUUUGAGACGGCUUGGAGUGACUCUUGUGGGUCACCAGAAGAAGAUCAUGAACAGCCUUCAAGAAAUGAAGUUGCAGCUGGUCAACGGGGUGGCGCCAUUGUAACUUCUGCCAAUGUCACUUCAAGUGAAUGAUCUGCACUUUCUAAAGAGCCCUCAGAUUUAUUUUAACAAAAGGGAAACAGUGAUUUCUAAACCUUAGGAGAUCAUUUGUCUCAGUGACCAGAUUUAUAAUCAGUGUUUUAUUAGAGUCUCCACAUCUUCCUCUUUGUC